AUGAAAUUAGCACCAACAAACCAUUUAUCAUAUUAUGUUAUGGCUAAUGUAUUGGCAUCUGCAGGAAGACAUAGAGAGGCUUUACCAUUAAUUAGUAGAUCAUUAUCAGUAUGUCCACCAGAAAGAACAGGAGAUAUUCAUAGAUUAAAUGCAACGGCAUGUUUAGCAUUAGGAAUGAAUAGAAGUUGUUUAAAAUCAGCAAAAUUAGGAUAUGAAGCUAAAGAUAAUGCAUCAUGGUAUUUUGGAGAAAUAGCAAAAUACCAAGCAAUGAUGAUAGACAAACCAUUUUUAGAAUAUGAUUUAGAAUGGUUCCCACCACAAUGGAAAGUUAAUUUUGCUAAAAGACUUCCAAUUGGGAACGUUAAAAAAUAUCCACCUGGAAACGUUCCUCUUCAAAUUACUACUGAAGAUAUUGAUGCUAAAACAACUGUAAAGCAAGAAUUAGUUAAAGAGUUAUUAAUCCCUGCUAUAAAAGUUGGUGAUAAAAUGCAAUAUAAUGAACUUGGGUUUGGUAAAAAUGGAAGACAAUAUUUGGCAUGUGGUUUAGGGGCUAUUUGUAUUGCUCAACUUCUUCAAACAAAGCAAAUGGGAUGGAGGGAAAUUGCUGAAAUUUUAGUUAAAUUUAGACAAGUAGCUGAACCUGCUGACGGAGCUAUUUGGAUUGAUAAAUUACCAAGACAACAAUUUGAAGAAGGUUUUGGAUCAAAUACUACACUUAAGACAGCACAAACAAGAGUUGCCCGUUAUUGGCCAAUGUUUCCACGUACUUUUGGAUUAUUUAAAAAAUUAUUUGAAGAAGAAAGUGGAGCUUCUAAAGAAAAGAAACAACUUGUUGCAAAAGCAGAAACAGUUGAUGAAGUUCAAAAAGUAUUAAAAAGAGAUAAUUUCUUUAUGACAACAAUUUGUAGAAAUGAAGAAGGAACAAGAUUAGAAGGUACUUGGUUAUUAAUUGAGAAAGUUGAAUUAGGAAGUAUGUUUUCUAUCAAAACUCCAUGUACUCCUAAAAGAUAUAAAGUAUUUGAUGUUGAAUUGAAAAAAGCUCUUGACAAAUAUUAUACUGUUCAACAUUCUAAUGACCAAGACAAAGUCUUAGAUGCAGUUCUUCGAUUCUGUUACUUAUGGUUUAAUUUUAUGCCUUUGACUAGAGGAACUGCUGGAUGUGGUAUGUAUUGGAUGUUUGGAUUAUUACUUGGUGCUGGAUUUAAACAAAUCGGAGUUAUUCCUAAAGGAUUUCAAUGUGAUUGGGAAGCUUUAUUAACAGAUAACCAAAAUGACUAUAUUACAAAAAUGAAGUCUUGGAUAAAAUUAGAAAAAUGUUCAGUUAUUGAAAUGCCAAAUGUCCUUAAUUCUUUACCUCGUUUAAGAGAUAUGUUAAUGGCAUUAAAUAUUUCACCAUUACUUGUUCCAUUAAGUUAA